UCUCAGGUGGUGCAUGACUGAGCCAAGAGGCAGAAGCCGAGAAGGAAAAACCUGUCCCCUGACCCUGGUUGUCUCUCGGGGCAGAAAUCCAAGAGGGACUUUGCAACAUGCAACUCUCCAGAAACUAUAUCCCAUCAGGAUUUCUCCUAGUUUUGUUUUACAGCCCGGUCUCUGUGGCCUGGAGUUCCACCCUGCCCAACUCCAUCCAAGCUCUGAAAGGCUCCUGCGUGGUCAUUCCGUGCUCUUUCACCUUCCCGGGCCCCCGCGCUUCCUGGGGAGGCAAAUUCAGCGUGGCUUGGUACCAGUACCGGACGCGAGGUUACCCUGAAAUCUUCAACAGCAAGAACCCCCGCACUGUCCUUCCGGAGUAUCAAGGGCGGACGGAGGUGGUGGGGGACCUCGAGAUGGGCAACUGCUCCCUCCUUCUCAGAGACGUGCGCCAGGCAGACGUCUACUAUGUGUGGAUCAAUCCAGACUCUGUCAGCCACCGGUUCUAUGAUGUCACUGUCCGAGUGGAAGUAACAGAUGUUCCCAGCCAGCUUGAGAUGAGCGAUCCGGGGUUAUUGACCGAAGGUGAUCAGACUUUGCUGACUUGCUCGGCUCUACACACCUGUCCCUUGAACCCGCCAAACUUCACCUGGAACCUCAUGGGAGGGAAGGCUGUGACUGUCCAAGAACGUCUGGCGGGGGGAGUCUGGCGGACAGAGUCGCAGCUUAGCUAUGUCCCCUCCCACAAGGACAAUGGCAAAUAUCUCCAGUGCACGGCCACCUUCCCCACCGAACAACAGUCGCGCAAUGGUAUCACCCUGCAGGUCAAAUAUUCCCCAAAGGAUGCGGUCAUCUCUGUGGUGGGGAACUCGACCUUGAAGGAAGGAGACAGCGUCACCCUGCGAUGUAGCAGCCACAGUAACCCCCCUGCCCUCAGUUACCGCUGGUUUUUUGGGCCACGCAAGGCACCGCUCCGGGGAGCAGGCACUGGGCAGGAGGCAAAGCUGACAGACAUCAAGAGGGAUUCCGGGCCAUAUUACUGCGUUGCGGAGAAUGACGUUGGGAUGGGAGAGGACUCACCCCCUGCCUACCUCAAUGUGCAGUACAAACCAGUCAUCCUGCCAGAAGGGAACUGCACCAUGUCCAGGACUGGAGAGACUGUCACAUGCUAUUGCUUGGCAGAAGGAAACCCAGCGCCGGGCAUUGAGUGGCACCUGCCAAACCAGACCAUUCCUGAGGACUUCAACAGCUCGGAGCUGCAGGCCGCCUCAGCUUCAAUGGGGCACACCAUUGUUGGCGUGCUGAGGGGCCCUGCAUCCAGCCUGGCCAACGUGUCCUGCUUGGUUACCAACCUUCACGGGCCCAGCCGGGUCACCUUGCCCACCUACCAAGCAGGACGCUCUACCCUGCUGUUCAUGGCAUGCGGGGGUGCUGCUGGAGGCCUCCUCCUCUGUACCCUGCUGGGGAUUGUGAUCUUCAAAGUGGUAAAAAACAGGAAAGAGAAAGGGAAAGAUCAGGAGGAGGAAGAAGAUGAGGAAGACCCAACACUGUAUGUCAAUGAUGGAAAUGAGGAGGAAAAGGUGUCUCUUAAAGAAGAAAAACCAUCCAAAUCGGAGAAAGAGGAAAAAUUCAACAUGUACAGCAAGGACAAGACAGAAGGGAGCCCAGCUGCUUAUAAUGAAACCUCCACUGAAGACUACGAGACAAUGGAAAGCAAAAACGAAGAUUAUGAGAAUGUACCGUCGUUGGGCCCUCUGGGGAAUUUAGGGGACCUGAGCAACUGGCAGCCCGCUUCGGGGACUGACCAGAUCUAUUCCAACGUCUGAUCCGAGACGUCCCUACUUUUCUUUUUAACAAGCGCUUACAGAACUAGAAACAUUAGUAGCUAAGCAACUGGUG